AUGUCGACGGCAAUCCCGCAGGGAGGCAGGGGGGCACAAAGUAGGAACGACCAGCAAGCAUUCGGAACGCACAUCCGAAACGCCUCUCGAACCUUUUAUAUGGAAGGGCGCUGUAAAGGAAACCAGCACUUCAAGUGGACCGAGCUGCCUCCCGAAAUCAGACUAGAGACCACGUCGCAUAUGGACAUAAAUCAGCUAUACAACCUCCAGCAAGUCAACAAACACAGGAAUGAAACGGAACUAGAACUGCGUAGACGAGUAUCAUCAACACUUUCUCGCUUCAACCUCGACGUCACCGACACUCUUGGAAUGCUUAAGACGCGUUCGGCACUGAUUUCAGGCUCUGCUGCUCUCGCAGUGGUGGUGCCCGGAUGCGUCGAACCAAGCAAUCUCGACAUAUACGUAUCCAUUCACAGCAAAGAUGCUCUCAUCCAAGACAUUGUACGGGACACGGCGUACCGGGAAUGUACCCCUGGUACAGGCAGCACCAGAGGCAUUGUACAUUCCAGGUACAUCCUGGCGGCCAAAGGCGUGUUAUCAAGCACGUACAUGAUAAACUCCGAGACGGGCAAGCAAAUCAAUGUCAUGGAAACGACGCACGAGCCGUGGACCGCCAUUCUCGCCUUCCACUCCACCGCACUCAUGAACGCCAUCACUCACCAGGGGGUAGUGUCCAUAUACGGCACGCUAACCUGCAAAAGAAUCAGCGUGCUCAACAGCACAGGCAUCACCGAAGGAACGGAAAGAAAACUGCAACCGCAUAUGCAGAAAAUAUGGGAUAAAUACUCGUCUUGUGGAUUAGCCAUGGUAUGGAGUCUAAGGGAUAAAGAGGUAUCUAAACGAUGGAAAGCAGCACGACGACAUACCUGCAAGGAAUGGAGCUACUGCCCCCAAACGAAUCGCACUACAGCCGACGAGGGAGUGAUCACGCUGAGCUUUUCCGAACGGAAAGGUGGGGGGGUCGACAUCCCUUUCAUUCAGUGGAAUUUGGCGGCUCGGAAAGGAUGUGAUGGGAGGGAAUGCGUAAUCCUAGGGCUUAUCCGAGGCGGCCAAGGCCAAUUAAUCCUUUUCUAG